AUGCUUUUCCUCCCAGCUGCUGCUCUGUGCUGUCUGUGUUCAGCACUGGUUGCCAUGGCAGCAGAGCCAAUUGCCAGGCUGAUUCAAGACCAGUUAUCAUUGACCAGGAGAGUUGAUGAAACAGUCUCCUUCAGCUGUGAUCGAACUGACCAGUGUGACUAUGAUGGAGAUGUAUACUGGUACCAGAAGAAAGAGACAUUCUCAUGGAUUCUGUAUAUUAACAGGAAUAAGAGUGAAGUUCAUCAUAUCCCUCCUUUUCAGGAAGAUGAUUUCACAGCUGUUAAUAAAGAGAACGGCUGUGAGUUGAAGAUAGAGAAAGUUAAACUCUCUCAUUCAGCCUCCUACUACUGCUCCUGUCUGAAGGAUGAUCCCCACAGCCUCGAAUUCUUUGGCUCUGGAACCAAACUGUAUGUAUCAGAUGAGCCCGUAGUGAAGCCCGUGGUGAGCGUGUACCCAGCAGCAUCCAGAGCCCACCUGGAGGGGAAGAGCUCCCUGCUGUGUCUGGCCUCAGCCAUGUCUCCUCCUCUGGUCCAGUUCUCCUGGAAGAGACAGAAGGAGGAUGGUUCUCUGGAGGAGCUGACCCGUGAUGAUGGAGAGCAGCUGGUGCUCACAGAGCCGGGACGCACCGCCGCCAUCUUGCUGAUCCAUCAGCCAGAGAACAGAACAUAUAAAUACCGCUGCUACGUCAAGCACGAGGGCGGCACAGUGGAGGCCCAAACACAACAAGAGGUUCCAGCUCCAGCAGCCCCCUGUCCUCCAGAGAGAGAGCCAGCAGACCUGGCAGCUCUGCAGCAAGAUGACUUGGUUCCCCUGGAUCCUCUCCAGCCUCAGUGCAGGGUGAAGCUGCUCUGUCUGCUCUACACAGUGCUGAUAGUGAAGAGUCUGGUGUACUGCUGUGGACUCUCUCUGUUGAUGAUCCUCAGAAACAAGGGGCCGUCCGCCAACUGCACACAUGCUGACUGACUGUUUUCUAAUUGCCUUUUCUCACCAUCAAUUCUCAUCACUUCAUCUCAUUUAUGUCUUUGAUCACUGUUCAGACAUUUAAGUCAAAUGUAUCUUUUUAUCCACAGGUUAGAUACCAUCAGCCUGCAGAUGAUGAAUACAUAUAUACUUAUGCAUAUACUUUUUGAAUCAUUAAAUUUACAGUUUCUAGUAUUGUGUCAUUUUAAUGCUCUAUUUUGUUUCCACUUUUAAUUUUGACUCAUGUAAAAUAGAAGAUUUAGCUGAAUCAUUAGCUGCUUGGUAGAUAUUUUA